AUGAGUAUUUUAUUCACAACUCUCAUGCUUCUCAUCCCAAUCUUCCUUAUCCUUAUAAGGAAAAGGAGAUCAACAAAAAAGCUUCCUCCUGGUUCACUAGGACUACCCAUAAUAGGCCAAAGCUUAAGUUUACUGAGAGCAAUGAGAGCCAACACUGCAGAAAAAUGGCUGGAAGAAAGAAUAAAAAAGUAUGGUCCAAUUUCAAAACUAAGCCUCUUUGGAAAUCCAACAGUUUUCCUCCAUGGACCUGCUGCAAACAAGUUCAUAUUCACCAGCGAUUGCAGCGUCAUCACUAACCAACAAGUCAAGUCCAUACAGAUGGUUCUUGGUGACCGGAAUCUAUUAGAGCUGACUGGAGAUGAUCACAAGCGAGUUAGAAGCGCACUUAUGUUGUUUUUAAAACCAGAGUCACUUAAGCAUUGUGUGGGAAAUUUGGACGAAGAAAUCAGGUGGCACCUUGAGAUGCAUUGGCAAGGAAAACAGCAAAUAACAGUCCUGCCGUUGAUGAAGACCCUCACCUUCAACAUAAUAAGCUCUCUUCUUUUCGGAAUACAACAAGGGUCUCAAAGAGACAAACUUGUGGAUUUGUUUCGACAAAUGAUGGAUGGAAUGUGGUCAGUUCCUCUUAACCUUCCCUUGACACGCUACAGCCGCAGCCUGCGAGCAAGCAAAAUGGCUCAAAACAUGCUGAGACAACUCAUUUGCGAAAAGAGGGUGGAAUUAGAACAGAAAGAUGCUUCUCCAGACCAAGACCUCAUCACCUGCUUGCUUAGUAUCCGAAAUGACAACAAUGAAGAAAUGAUAACUGAGGAGGAGAUAGUUCACAAUGUUCUGCUAGUUAUGACAGCAGGACAUGACACUUCAUCUAUUCUUAUUACUUUUAUGCUGCAGUUUCUAUCUAAUGAGCCUGCCGUUUAUGAAACUGUUCUUCAAGGUAAGCAAAACUCUUUUCCCUCUUUCAUGGUUUCAGAACAAGAAAAUAUAGCUAAAACCAAGGGAGCAGGGAAGUGUCUCACAUGGGAAGACCUUUCCAAGAUGAAGUACACAUGGAGAGUUGCAAUGGAGACUCUGAGGAUGAUUUCUCCUAUCUUUGGUAGCUUCAGAAAAGCUCUAAAGGAUAUAGAGUAUGGUGGAUACCUCAUUCCUAAAGGGUGGCAAAUAUUCUGGGCUUCACCAAUGACUCAUAUGGACAAUAACAUAUACCCAGAGCCAACAAAGUUUGAUCCCAACAGAUUUGAAAACCAAGCUUCGAUUCCACCUUGCUCAUUUGUGGGUUUUGGAGGAGGACCUCGAAUGUGUCCUGGAAUUGAAUUUGCAAGGAUUGAAACACUUAUCACAAUCCAUUAUCUGGUCACUAGGUUCACUUGGAAGCUAUGUGCAGACAGCACUUUCAGCAGAGAUCCCAUGCCAGUACCAGCUGAGGGCUUACCACUUCAAAUCAAGCAAAAGAACCCACUGUAA